AUGUCUUCCGGACGCAAGUGCAACAACUGCGGGAGUGCCGAUAUCGAAGUGGACAAUGCGCGAGGCGAUGCCGUAUGUACGAAUUGUGGAUCGGUGCUCGAGGACAACAUCAUCGUAUCGGAGGUCCAGUUUGAAGAGAAUGCUCAUGGUGCCGCAAGUGCCGUCGGACAGUUCGUUGCGUCCGAUUCACGGGGCGGCGCAACUGCGUACGGCAAAUUUCACGUCGGAACCGGGACUGAAUCGCGCGAAGUCACUCUGCGGAAGGCUCGCCAGGGUAUCACGCAUCUGUGCAGCCAAUUGCGGCUCAAUAACCACUGCAUUGACACAGCCUGCAACUUCUUCAAGAUGGCACUGAUUCGAAACCUAACCCGUGGCCGCCGGAACACGCAUAUAUACGCUGCUUGCGUCUAUAUUACUUGCCGCACGGAGGGAACCUCUCAUCUGCUGAUCGACAUAAGCGAUGUGCUACAGAUUUGCUGCUACGAGCUUGGCAGGACUUACCUUAAACUUUCGCAGUCGCUUUGCCUCAACAUUCCAUCCAUAGAUCCCUGCAUCUACAUCAUGCGCUACGCCAACAAGCUCGACUUUCGGGAGAAAACCCACGAAGUCUCGAUGACGGCCCAGCGCCUGGUGCAACGGAUGAAAAAGGACUCUAUCCACUCGGGCCGACGCCCAUCCGGACUGUGUGGAGCGGCCCUUCUGCUCGCCGCCCGUAUGCACGACUACAGCCGCACACCGAACGACAUAGUGCGGAUUGUGAAAAUUCACGAGUCCACCCUGCGCAAGCGGCUGUUCGAGUUCGGCGAAACGCCCAGCAGCGCCCUUACGGUGGACGAGUUUAUGGCCGUCGAUCUCGAGGCGGAACAGGACCCGCCCGCCUUCAAGGCCGCCCGCAAACGCGACAAGGAGCGGCUGCAGAAGCUCGAGGAGCAAACGACGGAAUUCAACCAGCUGCAGGCGGAAAUCGAUGCCGCGCUCGAUCGCGAGAUGGUCAAUCGGUGCGGCCGGAAGCGCAAGUUUAAGGGUGCCGAGUUUGACGAGCAGCAGGAGACGGGCAAGUUCAUCGAGGAGUCGACGCUGGACGUGAUCAAUGAGUGUCUGGACGAGAGCAGCGGCGGGAGUGUGAUCGCGAGCCAUCCCAAACCGCACAUUCCGGAAGGGAUCAAGCCGGAUCUGAGGGCGAUCUGCACGAACAACGGCCCCGAGCGGUCGGUGGAGGAAAGCACGCUCGAGGAUCCAGCGAACGGUGGGAACGGUGAUCUGCUGACGGAGGAUCUCGACGAUGACGAGAUCGAUGGGUACAUCAUGACGGAGGAGGAAGCCGAAACGAAGAACAAGCUGUGGCAGCAGCUGAACGAGGAGUACCUGCGGGAGCUGAAAAUUAAGGAGGAACGGAUGGCCAAAGAGCGCGAGGAGGGCAAACCGGAGAAGAAGAAGCGCCGCACGGUGAAGAAGAAGAUGAUCGGUCCGUCGUCGUCGGCGCGGGAAGCAAUCGAAAUGAUACUGCAGGAGAAGAAAAUUUCGAGCAAAAUCAAUUACGACAUAUUGAAAACGCUCACCGAUGGUGAGGGCAGUACGGCGGGGGUGGCACCGGGGGUGGUGGCAUCAUCCGCGGCCACGGUCGAACCGUCGUUGGACACGGCGAGCCCCGGGAAGCAGGAAUCGAAAGGCAGCGAGACGCGCGUUCGCGUAAAUCAGGACAAAAAUCCGCCAGAAACGGUGAGCGGUGGCGAUGGAGCGGUAGGUCGGGGAAGCCUAAAACCAACGCCCAAUUUUGGUGGUUCGUCGAGAAGGAAACAUACGGCCACGGCGACACUGGCCGUGGUGGCAGCGGGUGCGAACGACGAGCCGGAUGAGUCGUCCAAAGUGGUCGAAGAUGCAUCGUCCAAAGCCGCUCAAGAUGCCAUUGAGGACUACGAUGACGAGGGCGAUGGGGAGGCUGAACCGGAACCGGAGCCGGAACACAAAUCCCUCGCCGACAUGCUCAACACCGGCGAUGACGAUGAUUAUUACGGUUACGACGAUGACUAUUGAGCGGUUGGACGUGUGGGUAUGUUAUACAGGUGUAUGAGGCAACA